AUGAAAACAGACUACUAUGAGUUGUUGGACGUAGCCAUAGAUGCUUCGGAUACCGAGUUAAAGAAGGCAUAUAGAAGAAAGGCUCUACAACUUCAUCCUGACAAAAAUCCUGAUGAUAUUGAGGGUGCUACUGCCCGAUUUGCCUUAGUACGUGCUGCCUACGAGGUGUUAUCUGAUCCACAGGAAAGAUCAUGGUAUGACUCUCAUAAAGGCCUGAUCUUGAACGACGAUAAAGUCGUCGAAACAGAAAAUGACGAGUUGGUUAUCCCAUCGAUCUCUGUAGAAGAGUUGUAUCGUUAUUUCAAUCCUUCCUUUUAUUCUCAAAUUAACGACAGUCAGAACGGGUUCUUUUACGUGGUAGCUAGUUUAUUUGGACGACUUGCCUCAGAAGAAAUAAACCAUGGAAGACACCAGAAAUUUCCAGAAUAUGAGAGGUAUCAAGAUAACUCUCCCAACGUGAGUGCUCUAGACGACUCUGUGUUGAUGUACCCAAAGUUUGGUAAUAGUGGUACCGAUUAUGCCACCAACAUCAGACUGUUCUAUAACGUGUGGUCGCUGUUCCAAACGGUAAAGACUUUCAGUUGGAAAGACGAAUACCGGCUCAGUUCUGCUCCCGAUAGAAAGACAAGAAGGUUAAUGGAGAAGGAGAACAAAAAGUUCAGAGAAGCUGCUAGAAAAGAGUAUAAUGAGACUAUAAGAAACUUCGUCCAGUUCAUCAAGAAGAGAGACCCUAGAGUCAAAAAGGGGAUACAGGAGUUGGAGAAGGAGAAGAAACGGAAAAAGAAGGAAGAAAUUGACAAUCAGAUAAAGCUCAACAAGCAACAAAGAUUGAAAGCACUAUCACAGUCCAACAACUUUGAGGUUCAAGAUUGGCAAAAGUUUUCCGUAGAAGAACUUGAUGAACUUGAAGGAAUGUUAAAUGAAGAGUAUAAAUCAAGCUCAGACAGUGAAUUCGACGAAUUUGAACAAGUGGAUGAUAUAGAAGUUUUUGAGUGCAUUGUCUGUGACAAGGUAUUCAAGAACGAGAAACAGUACCAGAUUCACGAAGACUCCAAAAACCACCGCAAGGCAGUGAAUAAGUUGAAAUACGAGAUGAGAAAAGAGGGUGUGGAACUAGGAAUUGAUGAGCAGUUUGAAACUGCCAGUGAACAUAAUUCUGAGUCUGAAGACGAAGAAGCAAGCCACGAGGAAUUUCCUGUUGUUUCUGAUACUUCAGAGACCAAUUUAGAAAAUCAGUCUGUUGAUCCUUUGGUAUUUGAGGUUGAUGACUCGAUUGAAAGUGAUGAUUACAGUGAAGAUUUAUCCUCAUCUCAACCCCAGAAAACCAAGGUUAAAGGUAAAAAUAAGAAGUCUUCUUCAAUCUUGAAUCUAGAGGACGAGCUAUCGAAGAUCACUGGUUUGGCUUCUGGAAUCAAUCUUGACAGCGACGAAGAUGACUGGAGUAAUUCCGGUAAAAAACCCAAGAAAAGGACGAAAAAGGCAGAGAAAAAGGGAACAUAUACUCCUUCUCUACCAGGGGCCUCUUCUCCAUCGCCAUCACCUUCACAAUCUACUGCAAAAGGACUGGAAUCAUGUGCUACUUGCAACAACAGUUUCAGUUCUCGUAACAAACUAUUCCAACAUGUCAAGGAAACUGGGCAUGCUGCACCAGUUAAUAAAGUCAAGAAGAAAAGACGGUGA